CCCCACACUUCACUGCUUCCUUCUCUCACCGCCAACCAUUUUUCAUCCAAAAUUUCCCCCAAGUCCAAAUCUCUGCUUUCAGGUCAAAUAACCAUAAUUCAACCUCUUCCCUCCUUCCCAUUUGUUCUUGUUUGCUUCAAUCAUGCCGGGAACUAUCCGAGUUUCAGUUCUGGAGUUCAUCGACCUUCCUGAGCUAUUGUCUUCCCCAAUUUCGAUUAAAGUUUCCAUGGGUAAAACACAUUACGAAACUUCGGAUAAAGGAGAUUUCUCAUUUCCAUUGACAACGCUUCGAGAUGAUGUGAUUCUUAUAAUUCAGGAUGCUGGAGGGAAUGAGAUAUCACGUGCAGGUGUUCAGGUGAAAUCAAUAGUUGAAAAGGGUUACUGGGAUGAUCUUUUUCCUCUUGAAGGAGGAGGGCGUGUGCAUUUGCAGUUCCAGUUUGCUCUUAGUGAAGAUGAUCGCAGUCGAAUUCGAAUGAUGAGAGAAACUGCUUUGAGAAGAAAACAUGUUGAACGUCAAGAUAGCAAUCUCAAAAACUCUGGAAGCAAACUUGCAUCAUCCUUCAACCUCAACCGUGAGCUUUCAGAUUCACAAAAAUGUCUUCUUCAAAUUGGAGAUCUAAGUGCUAAAGAAGCAGCUCACCAGUCUCCAUCAGCAUCAAAUCAAAAUAUCCCUGAUGAGAUACCAGUUACUGAAAAAACGAACAAGAUUCGACUUGAUCGGAUUCAACCACUUUCAGUCGAGAAUGAUGCAGAUAGAAGUAAGGAUAAUCCAUCAGCAAUUCCUCUGAUGCAAAAGGUUGAGGUUAAUAAACCAAAGGUAAAUAACACCGUAUUAGUUGAUAGGAUGCGGAUUCAGUCACCUCAUGCAAUCAGACCGUCACCGACCAGUUCAGAAGAAAAUUUGGUCCAUACUCGAAGCUCAGAGUUAUCAAAUUCUCCUUCAAAAGGUGAAGAGAAGACUGAUGUUAAUGAGGGUAAGCCAUCCACAACUCCUCUGUUGCAAGAAGUUGGUGUUAAUGAACCAAAGGUCAAUAACACUGAAUUAGUUGAGAGGAAGGGGACACAGCCACCUCGUACAGUCAAACCUUCACCGACCAUUCGUUCGGAAGAAAAUUUGGUCCAUUCUCGAAGCUCAGAGUUAUCGAAUUCUCCAUCAAAAGGUGAAGAGAAGACUGAUGCUUCAGAGGCGGCACCAUCACGUAGAACUCCCGGGAAUGUUAAAAAAGUAAUAAGUGCCUUUGAAAGUAGCCUGACUCAGGAUACAAAACCUCGCAUUAAACCUACCAGAAAUGCUCAACCCAAUGUGGUCGAAAAGCAACCAUCUUCCGAAGUUAAUCAAUCGAAGGAUAAUUCUAAGCCGACUCGGUUGCAAACGACAAUAGGCCCUCCUCUUGCAGGGGAGUUGACCCAUGACUUAGCAAAUACCAAGCAAAAGGAACAGAAACGUAAACUCUCUGAGGCUUCAGAUGGGACUAAAUCACUAAAGUUGAAGGGGAAAAAGAAUCAAGUUGGAGAAGAAAAUUUGAGUGAAAAGGAGUGUGAUGAUAUAGAUGCAAAGAAUGAUGAAUCUUAUAAAAAGUCUGUGCCUGAGAAGCCGGACUACGAUAGAAAUUCAGUAACAGGUGAAUCGGUAUCACGUGUCGAAGACGAGCAAAUUCCAUCCAAAAGGUCGGGUGGGUGGAUAUUUAGAGACGAAAGACGACGGCUGUGUGUCACAACAGGUGGUGAUCAUAUGCUAGAUCUGGUGGGAGGAGGUCGCACUAGCUAUACAUUCAUCCGUACAGGGAAAAUGAAGAUUUCCACGGAAGAGCAGAAUAGAGGUACCUCAGAGGCUAAGGCAAAUGGGGGCAACCAUGAGCAUCAAAAAAUGAUCAAACCAGAGAAUUCAGAUGAUGUAAAGCCCUCUGGAGGGCCACUUGCCAAUGCCUUAAAAGUUGGAGUAAUGCUUGGAUUGGGGACUCUUGUUCUCCUUACUAGACAAAGGAAAAAGAAGAAAUAGCCAGUUGGGUGAAGGAUCCACACCAAUUGUGUAUUCAAGGCGAUCGAAGCUGUUAUGUUUCUUCUCCCAUUCUUUUUUUUUUAAACCACGUGCGUAUUAACAAAUUUUGAUCUUUCUUACAGAAUGUCAUUGUAUAAAUUUUGUUCUUAAUUUAAUAUAUCAACUUUAUAUUCUGAUGUCUGUAA